AUGACCGUGGAGGAAUGGAGCCUGAGCGAUUCCCAGCGGCAGGAGACCGUCAGCCGCAUGGCCAACAACAUCUCGGCCUUGGCAUUCUUCAGGGGCACGCCCAUCCCCGAUGACGCAGUGCAGGCGGCCGCUGCUGCUGUGGAGAAGAAGGCCUACACGGUGGCCCGGGUGGAGGCGCGCACCACCACCGGUGUCAGGCCGCACCACGAGACACUCAAAGCCUACAUCCGCAAGCUGUCUGCGCUGGCACUGGAGGUGGUGGCCUCUGGCGGCGCGGGGCUGGCCGGCAGCGCCGCUGAGGGGGCGCCAGCAGGGCAGGCGGCCGACGAGCUUGACCUGACCGGCAGCCGUGAGUUCCUGACCCGGGAAAGCGCCGAGGAGCUGCUGGCGCCCAUGUUGGCGCCUGGGGCCAAGGUUUCCAAGGUGUGCGGGUCUGGUGAUGCGGUGUGGAUGUCGAUCCGGUUCAGCACCAAGAGCUUUGGCGUGGAGGCGGCGGAGGUGGCAGCAAGGGCCAUUGAGAAUGUUGCGGGCAGCCUGGUGGAUGCUGACAUGAGCGAUAUCAUCGCGGGCAGGCCGGAGGCCGAGGCCCUGGCAGCCAUGCGCAUCAUCACUGCCGCGCUGGGGAAGGCGCGGCUGCUCCACCUCGACUUUUCCGACAAUGCGCUGGGAGAGAAGGGCAUCCGCGCCUGCGCCGCAGCCUUCGUUAAGCAGGAGGCCCUGGAGAGCAUCGCCUUCAAGAACGUGGGCUGCUCGGUGCACGGCUGCGCUGCGCUGGACGAGUUGAUGUGCAACACGGCGUCCCUGCGCCGCCUGCACCUGUACAACAACAUGAGCGACAACGAGGGCGCCGCCUCCAUCGCGCGCCUGCUGUCCCGCUGCCCCGCCAUGGAGGACUUCAAGAUGGUGUCCAGCCGCGUGGGGCACGAGGGAGGCGUGGCACUGGCGCAGGGCCUGGCCGCAGCCAGGGGCCUGGUGCGGCUGGACCUGCACGACAACCCCAUCACAGCAGACUUUGCGCCAGCCCUGGCCGCCCUGCUGGCCUCCCAGGCGCACCUCAAGGCCCUGGUGCUCAACGACACGUGCCUGGGGGACGAGGGCGUGGCGGAGGUGUGCGGCGCGCUGGGCGCCGGCGGCGGCGCGCCGCAGCUCGAGGAAUUGGAGCUGGCCCUGAAUGAGAUCACGCCACAGGGGGCGGUCGCAGUGGCGGCUGCCGUGGCGGCCAAGUCCUCGCUGCGGCGGCUCAACCUCCGGGAGAAUGAGCUGGAGGACGAGGGAGCGGUGAUUGUGGCCAAGGCAUUGGUGGGCCUGACGGCGCUGGAGAGCGUGGAUGCGAGCGCCAACCAGCUCAAGCGCGGCGGCGUGUGUGCGCUGGCCAAGGCGUGCGCCCGCAAGCCGGCGCUGUCCCUGCUGGCGCUGGAUGAGAAUGAGGUGUCGGAUGCGGGUGUGGAGGCGCUCAAGGACAUCAUGCGGCGGAUCGGCAAGCCAGAGGCACUGGGCCCGCUGGAUGAGAACAUGCCUGAUGAGGAUGAUGAGGAAGAGGGGGCGGAGAACGACGGCAUCGAGCUGGAUGAUGUCGCGGGCGACGACCUGGCGGCAGCAAUGGGCAAGGCGCACAUCUGA